UUAAUGAAAAUGCCAAAAUAGAUUUUCGCACGGAGACUGAGGGAAGGUGUCAAGGUGGGAUCUGAAUCAUCCGAUCUUCUCUUCCGUCAAUUCAAUUCCUCCGCCACCGGCCGCCACCGACAACGCCGCCGCAGCAGCCGGAUUCAGUGAUCUGAUUAAGUGCCAGGAAGUCUGGAAACUGCCGCACUGAAACUCAGUAAUUUCCACUCGUGUCCCUCAACAUGAAGAAAACCUUCACGGAAGCCUUGGCCAAGGCGUCGGCCGUGAUCGAGAAGACCGUGCAGACCACGGUGCAGGAGGUCACCGGUCCACGCGCUUUGCAGGACUUCGAGCUCUUCGAUCAGAUCGGGUCAGCCGGGCCCGGCCUUGUCUGGAAGCUCUACUCUGCCAAGGCCAGAGACGGACACGCGGUUUAUCCUAACGUCUGCGUGUGGGUUCUCGAUAAGCGUGCUCUCUCCGAAGCUCGGCAGCGAGCUGGGCUCUCAAAGACGGCUGAGGAUGCGUUCUUCGAUAUGAUUCGCGCCGAUGCUGCACGGCUGGUACGGCUGAGGCACCCUGGAGUGGUGCAUGUGGUGCAGGCCCUGGAUGAGAGCAAGAAUGCCAUGGCGAUGGUUACUGAGCCGUUAUUUGCUUCGGCUGCGAAUGCCCUGGGGAUUUUGGAGAACAUUGAGAAAGUGCCGAAGGAGCUCAAAGGAAUAGAAAUGGGAUUACUAGAGGUGAAACAUGGGUUACUUCAGUUGGCAGAAACCUUGGAUUUCCUUCACAACAAUGCCCGUCUUGUUCAUCGGUCUAUAUCUCCUGAGACUGUCCUCAUUACCUCAAAUGGAGCUUGGAAGCUUGCUGGAUUUAGUUUUGCAUUAUCAACAAAUCCGUCAUCUAGUGAUCCAUCCAACAUGCAGUCUUUCCAUUAUGCUGAAUACGAUGUUGAAGAUUCUAUUAUGCCCCUUCAGCCAUCAUUGAACUACACUGCUCCUGAAUUGGUUCGAAGUAACACAAGUUCUAUUGGAUGCUCCUCCGAUAUUUUCAGUUUUGGGUGUCUUGCCUACCAUUUGAUUGCUCGAAAGCCAUUGCUAGACUGUCACAACAAUGUCAAGAUGUACAUGAAUAGUUUGAAUUACUUAUCCAGUGAGGCUUUCUCCUCCAUUCCAAAAGAGCUAGUUCCUGACUUGCAAAGGAUGCUAUCUUCAAAUGAAUCUACCAGACCAACAGCCAUUGAUUUUACUGGUUCAUCCUUUUUUCGAGAUGACACUAGGUUGCGUGCUCUUCGCUUUCUAGAUCACAUGCUUGAAAGAGACAACAUGCAGAAGACUGAGUUUCUAAAAGCAUUAUCUGACAUGUGGAAAGAUUUCGAUUCGCGUGUACUUCGCUAUAAGGUUCUUCCUCCACUUUGUGCAGAGCUUAGAAAUAUGGUAAUGCAAGCAAUGAUUCUACCAAUGGUUCUGACCAUUGCUGAGUCUCAGGAUAGAAAUGAUUUUGAGUUAUCAACCCUACCAGCUCUUGUUCCUGUGCUAAGUACUGCUUCUGGAGAGACACUAUUGCUACUUGUGAAGCGUGCAGAGCUUAUUGUCAACAAGGCAAGUAAAGAUCAUUUAGUCACACAUAUUUUACCUAUGAUUGUACGGGCUUAUGAUGACACUGAUCCAAGGUUGCAAGAAGAAGCCCUAAAGAAGACCGUGACACUUUCUAAGCAACUUGAUUCUCAGUUGGUAAAACAAUCCGUUGUGCCUCGUGUUCAUGGGUUGGCACUUAAGACAACUGUUGCUGCAGUGAGAGUGAAUUCACUGUUAUGCCUAAGUGAUAUGAUACACAUGCUCGAUAAGCAUUCUGUUCUUGAGAUACUGCAGACGAUCCAACGGUGUACUGCUGUUGACCGUUCUGCCCCAACACUGAUGUGUACCCUUGGUGUUGCUAACUCUAUCUUGAAACAGUAUGGAAUAGAAUUCACAACGGAGCACGUUCUUCCACUUCUCAUGCCCCUACUUAUUUCCCAGCAGCUAAAUGUUCAGCAAUUUGCAAAAUAUAUGGCUUUUGUUAAGGAUAUUCUCAGGAAGAUAGAAGAGAAAAGAGGCGUAAUGCUUAGUGACUCUGGAGCACCAGAGGUAAAACCAUCCGUUGGUAUGGAGGGCCAUCUGGCGGGGCAAGUAAAUAAAACUAGUGUAACUGCUCCAUCUACUACAAGACGCAGCACAUCAUGGGAUGAAGACUGGAUUCCCACGAGAGGAUCUUCAGUUGCCCAGCAGUCAUCUGUAAGCUUAUUAGCUCAGCCGACUGUUGCUGCUCAGUCCAAUCAAGUGACUUCGGUGUUCUCAAUGUCGCCUGUGACUUCUGUUGCUUCUACCCAGCAGCCUUCAUCUUCAUGUGCUGCGGUUGAUGUGGAGUGGCCACCUAGAUCCUCACCCCUUGCUUCCAACAUAUCGGUAGGUUCUGAGAAGCAAGAUGAAAGCAAAGGAGCAUCAAAUGGUAGUUUUGGCGAUAUUGAUCCUUUCGCCAACUGGCCUCCUCGAUCUAGUGGCUCUACCGUUGCUUCUAAACCUCUUAACAAUGGCACAUCGGCCUCGCCUUUCAACAUGCAUGGUUCCAGUAACAGCACAAGCAAUCCUAAUCCGUUGGAUAGCCUUUCCUCAUGGUCUCUUGGCACCUCAAUGUCUACAGAGCCCUUGAAACCGAACCAAGGGAAUUCCACGCUGAAUUUCGGUGGUCUCAGCGGUGGUGGGGCUGUUAAUUCCCAGAAUUCUCUUGGCUACAUGAAACAAACUCAAGGCUCUUCUACGAAACCCAUGGAUCUUGGUUCCAUUUUCUCCUCAAACAAAACCGAGCAAACUGCACCAAGGCUAGCUCCACCCCCAUCAACUGCCAUCGGUAGAGGAAGGGGACGAGGGCGAGGAAAUCAAGGGCAACUAUCACGGCCUAGCCAAGCAAAGCCUCGGACAGAGCAGCCACCCCUGUUGGACUUGCUUUAGUGGAACAACCACGCUGCCCCGGGAGUUAAAAAAAAAAAGCGGUACAUAUCAAUCAAUCUCUUGUAUUUUGCGCAUCCCACGCGGUCGGUGACUUGCGUUUUACUGGAACGGAGGUUUAAAAAAAUGUGUUCAUAACGCCACUGGCUCGCACAGUUUUUGCCUUGAGAAUGAAGCUUGUUGUAGAAUAGUCCUAUUGAUACUUUGUAGAGAGUAUAGUAUGCCGAACUUUUACGUUUUGUGGGAGUUUUCAUGUUAUUAUUAUUGUUUUUGCGUUAGUAAUUUACAUUAUUCAUUUUCUUGUGGAGAAAGGGGUUGCCUCUUUGUUCAUUGUAACCUUCAAUACUUUUGGCUCCCAUUUACCUGACUUCCUCAUAAGUCAUAACUAACAAUAGUUGUAAUUUGGAGUUGUAAUCGAUAAUAAAUGUCACAUUGUAG